GUAUACUAUAUUCUCUCAAGAUGUCCUUUUGGCAUAGAAGAUGGGAAGAAAAGGUUUGGUAUUGAAAGACUGCUAACUUCUAACACUUAUUUAUCUGCCUAUCCACUCCAUGAUGGCCAAUAUUGGAAGCCAUCAGAACCUCCCAAUCCUGUCAAUGAAAGGUACAUACUUUACCAGAAUUGGGCUCGGUUUUCCGAUUUUUACAAGGAGCAACCUUUACAUUUGAUUAGGAAAUAUUAUGGAGAAAAAAUUGGUAUCUAUUUUGUCUUUCUGGGAUUUUACACAGAAAUGCUGUUCAUUGCAGCUGUAGUUGGUUUAGCUUGUUUCAUCUAUGGUUUAUUAUCAAUGGAAGGAAACACAAACAGCAUUGAAAUCUGUGACCCUGCGAUUGGAGGUCAGAUGAUCAUGUGCCCACUCUGUGAUAUAGUAUGUGACUAUUGGAGACUAAAUUCUACGUGUUUGGCUUCCAAGUUCUCUCAUUUAUUUGAUAACGAGUCAACAGUGUUCUUUGCAAUAUUCAUGGGAAUUUGGG